AUGACAGAAGAUGUGAGAUCGGGGAAUAAGAGCCCUGAGGCCGAAGAGCCUUCGGGGGUUGAGAGCCCUGAAAAGGCCAGUUUGGAGGGCACUCGAACUGAGGAUGUUCCAUAUGAGGGAAGGACGGCAUUGGCUUCCCAGGCGCUGGUAAAGCAGCAGCCCUCCAGCCAGAGCGAUGUGGCCUAUGAGAAUGAGUAUAACGCUCUGGCGCAAUCAGUGCAUGUGGCCGCCCCGCCUUUUGAAAGAACCUCAGAGCCAAUGAGCUCUGACCAAGGUUCAGCCGUGGCCGGAGAUAGUUCGGAUGUCGGCAGCCGUGGGGUGAAAAAAUGCAUGGGACAGUCGGACUGGGAGGGUCUGAGGCUGGAGUCGUGUGGACCCCUGCUUUUGUUUAAGCUCUUAGAGGUCUUACCACUCUGCAGCCAGGACACGGGUAAGCGGGAUAAGGCGUUUAUUUUCCCCUUGCCUACCUCUAGGAGUUUUUUGCUUGAUUUUGACCCGUCGUUGAAUGAGAUGGAGCUAUCAUGGCUAUUGUGUGUCGUUUUGUGUCUCAAUUCUUUUUGGGGUGAUGGUCUUUAUUGUGAAGAAGAUGUGAACGAAGGGCAAAGAGCCUGCCUGUCGGGACUUGCCAAAGAGGCGCACAGGUUUUCAAACGUGAAUGCGGUGAUCCCAGAGAUGAGCUGGCAUGACUUGUUUGCUGUGCGAUCUAUUGACUAUAAAGGUGAUGAAGUUAGAGUGGCAAAGACGUUUUCAUGGCAUAAUGUGGCCCCUGCUUUGCCCAAUGACGUGGGUAAUGUCCCAUUGGAGGCAGUCUGUGAGUUGGGGUGCAGGGACUAUGUCCUAAACUUUGACCACUAUCUUAGGCCUAAGUCAGAGUGGGUGAUUUCUGCCGCCCCGAAAGUGAUGGUGAAGGACAUUGACUGGCCUGAGGUAUGUAAAGGUCUUGUGGAAAGCCGGGUAUGCGAGUUUAUCAUGGAGGAAGAGGUGUUUCAUACUGCUUCCGGUCCCUUGUUAAACGGGCUCUUUGGGGUAUCAAAGGAUGAGUCUACUGCUAGCGGAGUUGAGAUCUAUCGUUUGAUCAUGAAUCUCAUCCCUUUGAACCACCUGUGCAAGCCCCUUGCGGGGGACGUGGACUCCCUUCCGGCCUGGAGUACCAUGAAUCCCUUCUUUCUGCAGCCGGAUGAGAAGCUGCUUAUCAGUAGUGAGGACGUCAAAUGUUUUUUCUACACAAUGAGCGUUCCUCGAUGCUGGAUCAAGUUUCUCGCUUUCAACAAGUUAGCCAGCCGGGUAUUGCCCAUGGGAUUCUUGAACAGUGUCAGCCUGGCACAGCACGUUCAUAGAAACCUGGUCAAGUGGAGUUCCUCGCCGAGGUCCUCAGCGGGUGACGGGGUCAAUGUCCCUGAGGCAGAGCUGCGCCGUGAUCGGGGUUUUUCCCUGCAUAACCCUAACUGGAGGGUCUAUCUCGACAAUUACGAUCUGUUGGAGAAGGUCCAGAGGUAUGCCGCCAAUGAUCUCGAGGGUACCUGUGCAGCAAGCAUCCUGUCGUUGAGGCAGGAGUAUGAAAGAUGGGGUGUCCCUAGAAACCUCAAGAAGUCGGUUCAGCGAUCUGCAGUCUGCGAACUCCAAGGUGCAACGGUGGACGGUGAACUCGGGGUUGCGUACCCUAGAGAAUCCAAGCUGGCUAAGUAUUUUGGAUUGGCAGUCACUCUCUGCCAGCAGACACAAGCUACGCAGAAACAGUGGCAGAUAGUUUGCGGUGGACUGGUGUACUUCAGUAUGUUCCGAAGGCCACUUUUGGGUUGCCUCAAUCAAGUGUGGCAACAUAUCUUGGCCUAUGACAGGCUGAAGCGCCGGUAUUUGGACACGCCACCCGAAUGUCGGUUGGAGGUUUUGCGCUUCCUGGGCAUGCUCCCACUUGCGCUGUAUUGGCUGAGUUGGGAGCUUUCGGCUUCAGACGAGGUGGCAGUGGAUGACAGCGGCCCAGUGACGCAGGUAACUCUGGUGGGCCAGCAGCACCUGACGGAAGUUAUUCGGUCUGGUUGGAAUAAGGUGGAUGUGUCACGUCCUUUCCCUACUUUCACUACUAGUCGCCCGCGCCCAAGAGCGGGAAGGAAGCCCGCAGGUGUCCAGCACUGCAGCUUGUCAGAGCUGGAAAGAUGGCACAUGGACUCUUUUCGGUUUCCGCCAUACCAGUACAAAGAUGGAAACUCCCUGUGCAACGGAGCCGGGGUCUAUCGGGUCCCUGACGUCUCUGAAAGGGAAUUGAUGCUUGGUUUUCCCCUUCACUACACUGCGUCCUGUCUGCCAAAGUCUGAGCGGCGGAAGACCGAGUACAACGAUACCCGGCUCACUUUGUUGGGUAACAGUUGGUCCGUGCCAGUGGUCGCCACUUUGUUGAGUCAGCUGUUUGCGUGGCUGGGUUGGAUCCAUGCCAUGAGUCCACAGCAGGUGCUUGUCUGGCUUGGCACCUUGGACCGGGUCUUGAGCAAUUUCCUCAUUAGUCUGGGGACAUCUCCGGAAUCGUCCACUGAGUUUCUGCCGGGCUCGGAGAAAAAGAUCUCCGGCAGAGCUCAAGUGUCUCUGCGAGAGAUUGCUGUGGAGUUUGAAGUCUCCAAAGCUGAGGCCUCUCAGCUCUUACACCGCGCGGCGAACUCGAUGCGGGGCCGCUGCACCGUGGAUGUGGUGGUCGCCACCACUGGGCAGCGCGGGCAGAGCGGGGUGCGGGAGUUUCAUCUGCGAGCGGAGGAUGAGCAGAAAGAUCGCGAAGAUUCGCAUGUGGAAACUUUUCAGAUCCGAAGAUCGUCUCUGAGCAUCCAAGACGCAGCGACGCUGCAAUGGGGAGCUGAACUGGAGAGCUGCUGGGAGGAGUGUCAGAGGCGGCUACCAGAAGAGUUACCUGUGCCCAGAAGAACACAAGUGGUUGACUUGUCGGACGAAGACUGCUGUGUGCUGGACUGA